GGCGAUCUAUGCGCUCAUGGCAAUCCAACUAGCGACUCAUAGAACGGGCCUUAAGUGACAGGGCGACAGUUACAUUGUUUUGCAGCAUCUUUCGGUUACUUGACAAUAGGAAGAUUCUAGAAAGAUAAAAAUCUUACAUUUUAUCUUAUAUUACUUUGUUUCAUAAAGAGAGUGAAUGAUGAGGAUAUAAUGGCUGCUGACAACGUUAUCACCAAAAUGGAAAAUAAUGGAAUGCCCGUUCCAAAAAUAAAACAUGAUUGGUAUCAAACAGAGACCCACGUUAUUGUGACAAUACUUGCGAAAAAUACGGAAAAUGUGAAAGUUGCAUAUGAAGAAAACACACUAAGUGUGUCUGCAAAGUUACCGUCUGGUAAUGAAUAUAGUUUAGAAUUAGAUUUGGCUCACCCAAUAGUAGUCAAACAAUGUACACACAAAGUAUGGCCAUCUAAAAUAGAAAUUAAACUGAAAAAACAGGAUGAUCUUAGGUGGAUGACAUUAGAGGGAAAUCCAGUUGAACAGAAUAAAGUAAAACCUAUACCAAAUGAAAUACUCCAAGCUAGCCAACAAACAUCUAAAUACCCAAGUUCCUGUAAAGUAUACAGAGAUUGGGAUAAAGUAGAAAAAGAAAUAGAAAAACAAGAGGCAGCUGAACAACCAGAAGGUGAUGCAGCGAUAAAUGCUCUGUUCCAACAAAUAUAUGGUAAAGGAUCUGAUGAAGUAAGACGUGCGAUGAACAAGUCCUUUUUAGAAUCUGGCGGCACUGUUUUGAGCACUAAUUGGGAAGAAGUAGGACAUGGAACAGUUGAAAGAAAACCGCCAGAUGGGAUGGAAUGGAAAUCUUGGGAUUCAUAAUUUGACAAAUUUUUAAAUAUCAGUUUUUCAGUGUUUUAUGUAUGCAAUAAUUGCAUUCUCUCUCAAUUAUAUAUAAAGACAUACAUAAGUAAAUAUAUCAUACAUAUGAUUACUCAAUAUAAGAUAUAUAUUAUUAAGAAAGUAGGCAACAUUGUGUGAUACUUCAUACUUUGUAAUAUUUCUUUCUAUAUGAUGAUUCAAUAAUACAAUA